GCAGGGAUUUAUUACUAAUCGAUUGUCGCAAAGUUGUAGAUCACUGUUUUUGUCACUUGAAUGGUAUUUAUGAACUUUUUCGCUGGUGAUUCUUAUUUCAUCUUAGAUAAAAUUUAUAUGGAUUUUAGAGUGAAUUUGUAAAUUUGUAGUGACAUAUAACUUAUGUAUGUAUUUUAUGAAUUAUAAAUAAUACAUGCAUUUAUUCAAUAUGAUUUUUGAAUAAUGAUACAAUAUUAGUAGAGAAUUCUUUUUAAUAUCCAAUCCAAUUAAAGUGAUCUCAGUGCAGAAAAAGGCUUCAGAGCAAAUAUUAAAUAUUUAAAAUAAAUUAAUAAUAUAAAUAUAUUCAAUAUAGAGAUCUAAGGGAAAAAGAAAUCAUUAAUAAAAGUACUUUUAUUAAAUGUAAUUUAUUGUUAAUUGAUGUGAUUUAGGUAUCUUAUAUCAGAUGGCCUAAAAUAUUUAAUAUAGCUAUAGUUGUAAGAGUUAAGCUCAUUUUAUCUUGAUAUCAUCUAUAGAAGAAAAAUAAAUUUUAUAAAUAAAAAAUAUAAUAUAAAUAACAAAUCAUUAAGAAGGAAAACAAAUAUAAAUUUGUGAAAAUGGCAUGUACCUUUAAAAAGAAGAUUUUAAUUGGUUGUACUGGUAGUGUUGCAACAAUUAAAUUACCACAAUUAGUAGAUAAAUUAUGGCGUAAUAAUUUUGAAGUGAGAAUAGUGGUCACUGAAAAAGCUAAGCAUUUCUUGAAAGAGGCAGAACUGCCUCCAGGAAUUCAAGUUUUAUCUGAUACAGUGGAAUGGGCUGCUUGGCAAGACAGAGGUGAUCCUGUAUUGCAUAUUGAUUUAGUGAAAUGGGCUGAUUUAUUUUUAAUUGCUCCAUUAGAUGCUAAUACUCUUGGUAAAAUAGCUAGUGGUAUAUGUGAUAAUAUAUUAACUUGUGUUGCACGUGCCUGGGAUCCAUUAAAGCCUUUGGUCUUUUGUCCUGCCAUGAAUACAAAAAUGUGGGAACAUCCUGUUACUGCAACACAGAUAGCUCUAUUGAAGUCUUGGGGAUACAAAGAAGUUGCAUGCAUUUCUAAAACUCUUAUGUGUGGUGAUGUAGGAAUAGGUGGAAUGGCAGAGGUAGAUACCAUUGUUCAAACUACAUUAAGGUUGCUUAAUCCUUGGGACCCAUAUUCUCCACCGGAUAUGCGCUUUUAAUAUCAAGGAUAAAAAUAAAAUAUUCAACGAAGCUUUGUUGUCAUACAAAUAAAAUGGAAAUAUCUUACAGAAAAUGAAAAUUAAAAAUAAAAAAAACAAUCGCGUACUAUGGUGGAAUUCAAAUAAUUUAUGCUCAUAGUAAAAUUCGAGUUCAACAAGUUUUAACUUGUAAGAUUACGCUUUCCCGAAUACACUGUAGUCGCGAUAUUUUGUUGCUCAAAUGAAAUGUCUAAAACAGUUGUGUUAAGGAAAGUGAGCAAAACAACCGUUUGUCCACUCGCCAAAAUAAAAUAUAAAAACUGUAAAGAUAUUCUGUUAACAUAUCGUUUAAAGUUGAUCCACUAAAUAAACAUGUAUGUUUUUGUUAAAUACAUGAGUUAAAUGAUAA